AUGCUGCGGGAGGAGGUGGGGCUACCACCUUGCCCAAGCACGAAACUGGAACCAAAGCCCUCAAGAGACCGCGCUGGAGAUUCGCUAAAGCCCAGAAUGUCCGUGCAGCUCCGAGUGCCGAGAGGCGGGGAGAAGACGUUGGCGAGGCGCGAGCUCCUGGCUCAGCGCUCCAGCGCAGCCGGGCCAGCGCUCUGUGCGGGGGCCACCACGCAGCCGGGCCGGGCUGGCCAGCGGCCUGCGCGUGUGCCCGGAGGCGAGCAGCGGCCGGGCGGGUUGCCCUCUUUCUUCCUUUGCUGCAUGGACAUUCGGUUGUGUCUACAGGACACGGCCCUCGAGUGUGAGGUGCAGUCGCUGACUGGGCCACGUGCGAGCAACUUUGGUCUGCAGUGUCCUCAGAAUGGAGGAGAGACCGGCCGCGUCAAGUCUCCGUGGGAACAUGUGGGUCCCGUGAGAGAGCCCUGUGGAACUGUGCCUGAGCAGCGCGUCUUGAGGCGAAUCAGCAAGCCGGCCCUGUCUUACACUCCAGGGAUUGGUGGGGACCCUGUCCAGCCGGCCCAGCGCAUCUCUUCCAACAUCCAGAAGAUCAAACAGUGUUCUGAGGCAAUAAAAAGGACACUGAAUCAACUUGGGACACAAGACUCACCUGCACUGAGGCAACAGCUGCAACAGAAACAGCGGUAUACUAACCAACUUGCCAAAGAAACAGGUAAGUACAUUGAAGAGUUUGGAUCUCUACCCACCACCCCCAGUGAACAGCGUCCAAGGAAAAUACCGAAGGAUCACUUAGUGGCUGAAUUCACAACAGCACUGACAAACUUUCAGAAGGUCCAGCGGCAAGCCACUGAGAGAAAGAAGGAAUUUGUGGCCCAAAUAAGAGCCAGUUCCAGAGUGUCGGGUGGUUUUCCUGAGGACAACUCAAAAGAAAGGAAUCUCAUACCCUGGGAAAGCCAAACACAGCCUCAAGUGCAAGUGCAAGCCGAUGAGAUUACAGAAGAUGACCUCUGCCGCAUUCACGGGAGAGAGUCUUCUAUCAGGUGGCUUGAGGCUGAUAUUACGGAUAUUAAUGAAAUAUUUAAACACUUGGGAACAAUGAUUCAUGAACAGGGAGAUGUUAUAGGCAGUCUAGAAGCCAGUGUGGAGGGCACAGAGGUACACGUUCAGCAGGCAAAUCAGCAGCUCCGGGCAGCGAACUAUCAGCGCAAUUCCAGGAAAGCCCUGCGCAUCAUCAUUGCUGUGCUGUGGUGGAGCUGUGACUUGUCUGUCUCCUCAUACGGGACUGCAGUCCUAAAGGCAUGUAGAUCUGCCUGCUGA